AAAACCACCAUUUAAUUUCCACACACACACAAAAAUGGCAUCAAAACUACUUCCUCUCUCGAAACUCCACAAAAUCUUAUUCACAACACCAAAAUACCACACAAUCUCACGAUCAGCCUACUCAUUUUCAUCUUCCAGUAAUCAAGAAUCACAAGAUGACGAUGCCAUGACGCAAGGAGUUGACACACAAGGUGAAACACAUGAUGAUCCUAAACCAGAACACAAAGAAAACAUUACACCUACAAAAGAAGAUGAUCAUUACAUUCGUCCCAAAACGACACCGUCUAAUCUAUCAUCAUCAAAACUACAAACCCCAGGUGUCAACACACCAAUAGAUCCACAUGUCCAGCAAAAGCGCACGUUAGCAACGAAGCCGAAGGAUGAGCUAACGUGUGCGGGGUUAGAUGGGUCGCCGUGGCCGGAGGAGGAGAGUGUGAGUCGGGAAGAGCAAGAAAAGGAUGAUAAAGAGUACUUUAAGGAUCAUAAAGCGUCUCCGUUGUCGAAUAUGGAGAUGGGUGAUACGAGGAAACCGCUAGAGAAAGUGGUUCAAGCGACGGCGGGUGGAUAUUUUGGUGAUGAGAAGGUGAUGACGUGGCUGCCGGAGCAGAUUGAUACGGCGGAGGAGAGUUUACUGAGGGCGACGAAGAUGUUUCGGGCGGCGGCCGAGAGGGGUGUGCCGGAGUGGCCUCAUUCUAGGAGGUUGAGAGAACUACGAGGAGAGGAUUGGUGACGAUUAAUAUACAUACGUUAUCAAAAUAUUGUAUUUUACACUUACAUUAAAUAUAUGUACGUUCAAGUAAUAUUGUACAAGUAUUUUAGACUUUUCACUAAAUAUAUACGUAUCUGUAAAUUUUUAAUCGAAA